GCUGUUCAACAACACGAAGAAGAAGAAAUUCUCGGGCAGGGAAGGGAGACUGUAGUGACUGGAGGUUGACAGUCCACCGACCAACAUGUCUGACACUGUUAAAUUCAGCGCUCUGUAGCUUGUCCAUCAUCCUGUUUACACCAGCCAAAUGAACCAAACAUUAACGUUAGAGAACAACAGCUGAUACUCCCGCAUACAGAAAUGGCAGACCAUGAAAUAGACUACAACAUCGUGUUCCCAGAUGCAGGGACGUCGGAGAGACACUGGCAGGGGACAAAGGAGCCAGUUGUGAUUCUGCUGGGCUGGGCUGGUUGCAAAGACAAACACCUGUCCAAAUACAGCUCCAUCUACAAUGAGCAGGGAUGUGUCACCAUCCGCUACACAGCUCCCUUGAAGACGGUCUUUAUCUCGGAGUCGUUUGGCUACAAUGAGCUGAGCAGUACGGCCCUCAAGCUGCUGGAGAUCCUCUAUGACUAUGAGGUGGAGAACAGCCCUAUUGUCUUUCACAUAUUCAGUAAUGGAGGCUUCAUGCUGUACCGUUACAUUAUUGAGUUGUUGCACAGUGAUAAACAGUUCAGCUCCCUUUACGUAAUUGGGGCCAUAGUGGACAGUGCCCCAGGUAGUGGGAAUGUCCCCGGGGCCCUGCGUGCACUGACGGCCACCCUGGGGCCCAAAAUAAACCCUGUUUUGAGGUACAUCCUCUUAGCCAUUUUUGCAGUGACUGUUUUCCUGUUGCGAGUUGUGCUGUACCCUUUAACCAAGUAUAUCCACAAGAACCACUAUGACGCAGUGCAGGAGAGGCCGCCCGCCUGGCCUCAUUUCUACCUGUACUCCAGAGCUGACCAGGUGAUCAGGCACAGGGACAUUGAGCUCUUUGUGGAGAGUUUGAAGCAGAAAGGCGUCCCGGUGGACAGUUUUGAUUUUGUUUCCAGUCCCCAUGUUGGUCAUUUCCGGGAUUUUCCUGAGCAUUAUGCUCUUAAGUGCCGCGAUUUCCUGGUUGCUUGCAUGAAGGACUUGGAAGGGACUGAGAUAAAGAAGAGACAGAGGGUUCAGAAUCAAUGAAACUUGGAGAGAACUUGCAAGAUUUUGCUAACCCUCUGUUUCAGAUUUGUUGAAGAGAGGUGAAGAAAGUCAGACAGCUUAAUUAUUCUCAGUGGUCAGGUAGAAAAUAAAGCAAAAGAUUUUUGCCAUGCAGCUGGUGUUUGAGCUGAACUAGUAGAAGAUUUAGGCAGUGUUUUUCUGUCCUAAUGCACCACAAUGGGAAAGAUGUGGUCUAAGUGUAUUGCACUUAAUUCAUGUCUGGAAAACCGGUCAUAUGAAACACUGUAAUUCACACACCCCUAAACUGUGUAGCACAAAGGCUUAACCCAGCCUACUCAAAUGUUUUUGCAACAGUCAUAACAUGUAAAAAGUAACAAUACAAACUAUUGCUAUACACUGGAAAAUAAAUCUUGUAGGAUAAUUUAAUUGCUAUUUAAUAUUGCUGUGAAAUGUGAUACAUUGUAGAUUAGUUGUAGUGAUUCUAAAACUGAGGCUGGGUAUUGGGAAAUAAUAAUCUGCAUCUUGUAUUUAUGAAAUUUACAAUGUAUUUAUGGUUUUAAUCUCACUAUUUGACAAUAAAAUGUGAUUGCAAGGGUGCUUACAAUGAAGGAAACUAAUCGGAUGGGUUUUUUUCUUCUUUUUUUUUUAAAUAAAAAGUUCUCAAACUUGUUGCCUUAAAGCAGUAAAUUUCUUUUUUUUUUUUUUUUUUUGUGGGGGAUGUAGAAUACCCAGUCCUAAUGUCACACACAGUUGAUUUAGUUGAAGGAAAAAGGUGAUUGACUAUGAAUGUACAUGCCCAGCACAAACAUUGUGUUCUUUCCAACUGAUGUGCCUUCAAUAAAUCAGAAUGCUCAUAGAAAAGUA